GUUUAUAUAUACAUGAACGAAAUCACCAUACCACGAUCAACUUUUGCUUUGACUUUUUCUCUACUAAACGGAAUGAGGAAAAUUGGGUCUUUUAGAUUAUGGUCUAUUUAUUUUAUUGGAUUUGUGUUGAUUAAUGGAUUUGGUGGUGUUCAAGCUUGGAGCAAAGAGGGACACAUCAUGACAUGCAAAAUCGCCCAAGAAUUGCUUGUACCAAAUGCAGCCCAUGUUGUACGGAUGUUGUUACCGGAUUAUGCAAAUGGUGACUUGUCGACAUUAUGUGUGUGGCCCGAUCAGAUCCGACACUGGUACAGGUACCGAUGGACAAGUCCUCUUCACUUCAUUGACACCCCUGAUGAUGCUUGUUCCUUCGAUUACUCAAGGGAUUGCCAUGAUACGCAUGGAGGAAAGGAUAUGUGUGUUGCUGGAGCCAUAAAGAAUUACACAUCUCAGCUCUCGCAUUAUCAUGAAGGGACUUCAGAUCGACGAUAUAACAUGACUGAGGCCUUGUUGUUUUUAUCGCACUUCAUCGGAGAUAUUCAUCAGCCGAUGCAUGUUGGAUUCACAACCGACGAAGGAGGAAACACCAUUGGUUUGCGAUGGUUCAGGCACAAAUCUAAUUUGCACCAUGUAUGGGAUAGAGAGAUAAUUCUUACGGCUGCAGCUGAUUUCUAUGAGAAGGAUAUGGGGUCUCUCCAAAAAGCCAUUCAAGCCAACUUCACUCAUGGAUUAUGGUCCGAAGACGUCACUUCUUGGAAGGAUUGUGAUGACCUCUCUACUUGCAUAAACAAGUAUGCGAUGGAAAGUAUAAAAAUGGCAUGCACAUGGGGUUACAAAGGUGUUGAGGCUGGUGAAACUCUUUCAGAUAAUUACUUUAACUCGAGGAUGCCGAUUGUAAUGAAACGGAUUGCCCAAGGCGGAGUCCGGUUAUCAAUGAUUUUAAAUCGGGUAUUUGGUGGUUUGGAUCCGCUCAAAGAUACAUUAGUGGCCACGUGAUUUAUAUUAAUUAAUUGUUUCAGUCAUAUAAAAAAUUGUUCACUAAUUAGGGUAUAUCAUUUUACUAGGUAACAAACUGGUGUAUUUGUUUCUAUUUUCUGUAAAAACUCGUGUAUUGCAUUGU